AAACACAUAUUUUGGUAACAAGGACCAACAAAACAAAUGGAUCUGAAAGAGGAGCUUCCGGUCAACGUAAGAGACGACAAGAUAAGCGAAGAAACCAAGACUUUGAUCUCUUCUCUUCCUUCACACACAGAUUCCCAUGGGAACAAGAUGUGUAGGUUUCAAGGAUGUUGGUAUUACUACAACACUCUCCAAAGCGUUCUUAAUUUCCAGCGAGGUUUUCAACCGCAAGACACUGAUAUAAUUCUUGCUUCUUACCCCAAGUCAGGCGCCACUUGGCUCAAGGCCCUCACAGUCGCACUGCUCGAGAGAUCAAAGAACAAUUCUUCUGAUGAUCAUCAUCCUCUACUAUCGGAUAAUCCUCAUGGUAUUGUACCAUUCUUGGAGAUAGAUAUCUAUCACGAAAGCUCAAGUCCUGACCUGGCCAAGUUCUCAUCAGUUCCAAGGCUGUUCUCAACUCACAUGCCGCUGAACACGCUACACGAGAACCUCAAGAAUUCUCCUUGCAAGAUUGUGUACGUGUGCAGAAACGUGAAAGACACAAUUAUCUCGUGGUGGUUUUUCGGGUGCGCAGUUAAUAAAAUAGAACCAGAUAGAAGCAUUCUCGAGUCUAUGUUCGAAUCGUUCUGCAAUGGAACAAUCUAUUAUGGACCAUUUUGGGAACAUCUCUUAAGCUAUUGGAGAGGAAGCUUGGAAGACCCUAAGCAUGUACUUUUCAUGAGGUAUGAGGAGAUGAAAGGGAAGCCUCGUGACCAGAUCAAGAGACUUGCAGACUUCUUGGAUUGUCCUUUUACUAAGGAAGAAGAAGAGAAUGGAUGUUUGGACGAGAUCUUGGAUCUUUGCUCUCUGCGAAAUCUGAGCGGUUUGGAGGUUAACAAAACUGGGAAAAUAAACAACAUAAAUCACAAGGUUUUUUUCCGUAAAGGCGAAGUCGGUGACUGGAAGAAUUAUCUUACUCCCGAAAUGGAGAACAAGAUUGACAUGAUCAUCCAAGAGAAACUCCAAGGUUCUGGUUUGAAAUUCUAGAGUUAAGUGUGUUUAUGGUUUAUGUUUUCUUUGAUGAUGCAAAAUAAGAGCACCUUCCGUUGUUGUAUUCCUUUAAAAUGUCCUUUUUAUUUUCUUUCCAUAAUGUCUUACAAUUGUUGCCGUGGUGUGUUUUAAAUAAUAUUGUCCAAUAAUAGCCAAUAAGAUGUUUCCGCUU